AAUUGCCGGGCGGGGCUAGGCCGAGAGUCCAGCAGCUGUAGCGGGGGCUUUAGUGACUUCCUUGUUGUGAGCUUCGGCCCGGCAGUGUCCGGAGUUGUAGCCCCACUGUCCUUCCCGGGACCGCUAGCCCGAGUCUAGGUCGCAGCCGCAACCCCAGCCCGUCGGUUCCCCUUUCAGCACAGAUCCUUUCCCCGCACGCCCCGCGCUCCCUAACAUGCCCAACCCCAGCAACACCUCCUCUCCCUACCCCCUCCCAGAGGAAAUUAGGAACCUGUUGGCAGAUGUUGAAACAUUUGUAGCAGACACACUGAGAGGGGAAAAUUUAUCCAAGAAAGCAAAGGAAAAGAGAGACUUCCUUAUUAAGAAGAUAAAAGAUGUAAAGUCUAUCUAUCUUCAGGAAUUUCAAGACAAAGGUGAUGCAGAAGGUGGAGAAGAAUAUGAUGACCCUUUUGCUGGGCCUCAAGACAAUAUUUCACUAGCCUCAGAAAGAUAUGAUAAAGAUGAUGAAGCCCACUCUGAUGGAAACCAGUUUCCUCCAAUUGCAGCACAGGACCUUCCUUUUGUUUUAAAGGCUGGCUACCUUGAAAAACGCAGGAAAGAUCACAGCUUUUUGGGAUUUGAAUGGCAGAAACGGUGGUGUGCUCUCAGUAAAACAGUGUUCUAUUACUAUGGAAGUGAUAAAGACAAACAACAGAAAGGUGAAUUUGCAAUAGAUGGCUACAAUAUCAGAAUGAAUAACACUCUUAGGAAGGAUGGAAAGAAAGAUUGCUGUUUUGAAAUCUCUGCUCCUGAUAAACGUAUCUAUCAGUUCACAGCAGCUUCUCCCAAAGAUGCCGAAGAAUGGGUACAGCAGCUGAGAUUUGUAUUACAAGAUAUGGGGUCUGAUGUCAUUCCUGAGGAUGAUGAUGAAAGAGGAGAAUUGUAUGAUGAUGUGGACCAUUCUCUACCAAUCAGCAGUUCACCAGCCAGCAGCCAGCCAAUUGAUGAUGAAAUUUAUGAAGAACUUCCAGAAGAGGAAGAGGACGGGGCUCCAGUGAAAGUGGAGGCACAAAGGAAGAUGAGUCAGGACAGUGUUCAUCACACCACAGGAGAUAAAAGCACCGAUUAUGCUAAUUUUUACCAGGGUCUGUGGGACUGCACAGGAGCUCUUUCUGAUGAGCUGUCAUUUAAACGUGGUGAUGUGAUUUACAUUCUUAGCAAGGAAUACAAUAGAUAUGGCUGGUGGGUAGGAGAAAUGAAGGGAGCCAUUGGCUUGGUGCCGAAAGCCUACAUAAUGGAGAUGUAUGAUAUUUGAGAGUCCUGGCAGGGAAAAAUCAACAUUUUGACUGAAUCAAAAAUUAAAAUGCAGCUUUCCCUGUCUGCUUGCAGAAAAGGAAGUUUCCUCUGCUGGUCUGCAAAUGCUUGGAUUGAGAAUCAUCAUGAAAGCAGGAGUGACAGCUCAUAACCUUUCUUUGUUGUGUUGAACAUCAUUUGCCUUUUGACUGUUUUAUGCAUUCAUUAUAAUAUUCCUCUGAUGUGAAAUUAAAUGAAGGAUAUUAAUGUAAAUUAGAUGCAAGCAAUAAAGGUAUACCUGUUGCUGUUUUGCAAAGAAAUCAUCAUAGUUUUUAAUCUACUGAUUUGAUUUGUAUGAAGAAUUCAGCACUAUUUUAUAUGUAUUAUACAGUCGUUGCUCCUUCUGGUAUGAGUUGUAAUUUCUCCUAAUACAAGAUGUCAAUUAUUUUUUAGACAGUAACAUGUAAUUUCAUAAAAAUUUCAAGUGAAUGUAUCAUGCAGGUUUUUGGUAGAUGCUGUCUAAAGAAUGUAGCUUUGUUAAAACUUUGCAGAUGCGUUAUCUUAAUAUUAAUUUUCCCACAAUAGUAACACGUCUUCAUGACAGAAUUUUUACUGAUUGGUGAAUUCAUUUUAUGUUAAAUGUGGUCACAAGAAAGAAAGAUGAUAGAAUUGCAAGUGGGAGUAUGCCAUCACCUUCUGCUAUACAGGUGCAGACCAGAACCACAGUUUGUGCAAAGCCCUUUACCAUGUAACAAAUACCCUGCUUACGUAAAGGGCUUGCCACUGUUUUCUACCAUAGUUUUCUUUAAAUUUAAUAAAAUAAAAAAAUUAUGAGAGGCCUCAUUCUGCCACUAAUACAAUGGCGUAAAGAAUCUCAAUGGAUUCUUGAAGUCAGAAGGCAUAACCGAGCAGUCUCCUACCCUGCCUGAUCAUUAGUGUGCUAUUAAAGUCCCACUGUAAAACAGUGCAACUCCAGCUUUGAGCCUCCUCUGCACUUUUCACAGCAAUGAAAAGAGAAGGAAGGCUCAGAGAGGAUAGUGUAGAAAUCACAGGGAAAACAUGUACCAAAAUGUGAGUGGAUGGGUAGCGUUAGCCUGACACUGGAGGCAUGCACUGUACUGCCAGAGUGAAAUGUGUGGAGUUAUAUUAUUACUUUUUCAUGUCUGUUUGAAAUCAAAGGUAUUUUCAGUGCCUACCAGUAUACGUACCAGUGUAGCCUUAAUAUAUAUCAAAAUAUACUGCUGAUUGGAUAAUUGUUUGGAGUAGAUAUAAUCUGAUAAUACUGAAUCAUUGAUUUGAAGGUACUACAUUUGUUGAUCUUUUCAGAUCCUUGCUUUAGAAGUAAAGAUUCUAAUCAUGCAAAUGAGCUGAUAAUAUUUAAAAACCUCCAUUAUUUAAUAAAAACUAUCUCCAAGCAGUAUUUCAGAGUUUAUAUUUUACUGUUAUCCCCUCCAUACUAACUAUGAUCAUCUGAUUUCAAAUGUAAAAAAAAUACUAAUUUUAGAGAUUGUGGGUAAAUUCUACUUUAUAUAAAUUAGACAUUGUCAAGUUAAAGCUUUCAGAAAUUAAUUUGUGCACUUGUUAAUCUUUUCCUAAUAUAGAGCUUUUGCAACAGAUUGCAAUCAUCUUGGCAAAAAUGAGACGACCGGAGAUGAAGUUCAUGGAUUGAUUUUCAAAGCUUGAGAGAUUGAAAAGCAAAAGUUGUUGUGGGUUCCACUGAAAACGUAGGCUUCCUUGUUAACGUGCUUCUGGUCUAAGUGAAGAUUUUAGUCCUGGGCCAGUAGAUGGCAGCAGCUUUUCAUUGCAUGGGGUCCACUUGGAACCCCUCCCCCACUCAGGCAAACCCAGAACGCAAAGCAUUUAGAAGAUUUUUGCCUCCUUUUACAGUUAAUCCAGGAGAGGGAGUCCUUUGCCAACUGAUGCCAGGUAGUGUCUUUGAAUGGUGACAAUACAGGAAAAAAGUGUUAACUUCUGUCCAGAUCUCCUCUGGCCUUUGUUCUUUUUUUUAACUUGAAUUAUAGCUGGGAGAUGAGAAAGGAAACAAACAAUUUAAAAUUAGCAUGACAAGAAUGACACUCGGUACUUGCAACUCUUGAUUACUUUAUGUUCAUUUGGUGAAAUCAUUUGUACACUAGAAGGGAGAAAGUUUUCUUUACACCCUUGACAAUAUAUCACACGGUCUUCAAGAUCAUAAUAAUAUCAUUAAUGUGAAUUUAAACAACAUGGCUUGUUAGAAAAUAUGCUAAUUGCUAUGUUCUCAUUAUGUUUGCUUAGCUUUUAUUUGUUUUUCUAUGAACAGUUAGAGAGCUAAUUUUUUUCAAAGGUGAUUGUAAGUCAUAUUUUACAUAGCAUUUUGCUUGAUUAUUUGCUCCGUACUGAAUUUGUACUCUGUUGCCAUUAGAUCUUACAAUAAUGUUCCACUCUGCAAAUUUUUAAGGUUCAAAUAAAGUUUAAUUGUUUGCAAA